CGCCCCGCCUCUGGCUCGGGUGCGGGAGCGGGGCCUGCCCGGACUGCGACGCCGCCACAGCUCGGGGCCAGUCCGCCCAGUCAGGGGGCAUGGCUCGGGCGGCCUCGGGGGUCGACGAUCCCCCGGGUAGGCGACGUGCCCUGUCCAGGCCUCACUUCCCGCGUCCGCAAAACGGGGUGGAGAACGCAGCCUAAGGCAGAGCCGCGCCAAGGUCCCUCGCUAUCGCCGGGCUCUGGCGGCCUGACCGGGCCUGGGGUCCGAGCGCCCCCGCGGGCCUGCGGGGGUCGCCGCGAUGGACUCGCUGGCAGCGCCCCAGGACCGCCUGGUGGAGCAGCUGCUGUCGCCGCGGACCCAGGCCCAGAGGCGGCUCAAGGACAUUGACAAGCAGUACGUGGGCUUCGCCACACUGCCCAACCAGGUGCACCGCAAGUCGGUGAAGAAAGGCUUUGACUUCACGCUCAUGGUGGCUGGUGAGUCAGGCCUGGGGAAGUCCACACUGGUCCACAGCCUCUUCCUGACAGACUUGUACAAGGACCGGAAGCUGCUCAGUGCUGAGGAGCGCAUCAGCCAGACGGUAGAGAUUCUAAAACACACAGUGGACAUUGAGGAGAAGGGAGUCAAGCUGAAGCUCACCAUCGUGGACACGCCGGGAUUCGGGGACGCUGUCAACAACACCGAGUGCUGGAAGCCCAUCACCGACUAUGUGGACCAGCAGUUUGAGCAGUACUUCCGCGACGAGAGCGGCCUCAACCGAAAGAACAUCCAAGACAACCGAGUGCACUGCUGCUUGUACUUCAUCUCCCCCUUCGGGCAUGGGCUGCGGCCAGUGGAUGUGGGUUUCAUGAAGGCGUUGCAUGAGAAGGUCAACAUCGUGCCUCUCAUCGCCAAAGCUGACUGUCUUGUCCCCAGUGAGAUCCGGAAGCUGAAGGAGCGGAUCCGGGAGGAGAUUGACAAGUUUGGGAUCCAUGUAUACCAGUUCCCUGAGUGUGACUCGGACGAGGAUGAGGACUUCAAGCAGCAGGACCGGGAACUGAAGGAGAGCGCGCCCUUCGCCGUUAUAGGCAGCAACACGGUGGUGGAGGCCAAGGGGCAGCGGGUCCGGGGCCGACUGUACCCCUGGGGGAUCGUGGAGGUGGAGAACCAGGCGCACUGCGACUUCGUGAAGCUGCGCAACAUGCUCAUCCGCACGCACAUGCACGACCUCAAGGACGUGACGUGCGACGUGCACUACGAGAACUACCGCGCGCACUGCAUCCAGCAGAUGACCAGCAAACUGACCCAGGACAGCCGCAUGGAGAGCCCCAUCCCGAUCCUGCCGCUGCCCACCCCGGACGCCGAGACUGAGAAGCUUAUUAGGAUGAAGGAUGAGGAACUGAGGCGCAUGCAGGAGAUGCUGCAGAGGAUGAAGCAACAGAUGCAGGACCAGUGACGCUCGCCGCGGACACACCGUCCGUCUCCGGGACGCCCUCCCACCCCUGGACCCCAGACCGGACUAUUCCCGACCCGGAGACGCAGGGCCACAGCCCCCAGCUGACCCUAAUUUAUUCUCAGCACCACUCCCUCCCAGGUCAUUGUAUCUGCUUCCAAGGGGCCUGGACCGUAGCCCCCGCCCAGCUGGCCCUCUCUGACCUUGGGGGAUCAGGAGCGAAGUUGGGCGGGACUUCAGAGAUCCGCCUCCCUUGCCCUUCCCCCGCCCCCGGACGGUCACAGCACCCAAACUGCAGGCCCUGCGCUGUCAAGCGGGCAAAGCUAGGCAGAAGAGGAUUCCCAGGAUCCUGGGUCUGUUCCCUGCUCCAGUGCUGCAGAACGGACUUGGGAGCCCUCCUUUGCCUGCUCCCGCGGGUCACCCAGCGAGUGCUGAGACCCCAUUUUCUGUCGAGGUGGGCCGAGUCUUCCCUUAUCCCCAGAAGCCUAGCGGGCAGGUUUGGGCUGAAUCAAAUGGGAGCCCUCCAGACAUAAGGAGGCCAGAGGCUGCAAGGAGGGCGGGCCGUGACCGCUCACACCCGUUCUCCACGGCCCGGCCCGACCUGGAGGGCCCCCGGGGCACUGGGCGGUGAGCCACCUCCUGGCAACUCUUGGUGCCGUCCCCUGCUGUCGCUCGAGGCCUCUUCUCCCCAGCACCGCUGUGGUGUGCCGGGAUCCUGAGCCUCGGCCUCCCGAUCUUCCCACUCGCAUGAUCCCUUCCCGCCACACGAUGCUCCGUUUUGUUCCGUUGUGAAUGCCGCGUCCUGUCCUGGUGACAGGAGAACAAUGUUGGUGAACGUC